AUGACAGCUGCAAGGUCGCGCAGCGGCGCUACUACGACAUUUGGAAACUGCAGCACAACCACGGAUUACCGAAGCAUGUCAAAAACAUGGUGCAGUCGCUAACAAAUACGAGGAAGCUGUUCCGUCCUCGUAUUGCAUGUAAACUGCAGCAGUGUCAGCGAGUUGUUGUCUCAGCUUUAUGUUUAUAGAGACUGUUGCGUUGUUGUAAACGCAGCUAGCUGGCGGGACCUAGCUAGCUACGUAAUUUACCCGUGAAGAUGAGCUCCUCUCCAAAUCACGGUACCGUUUCAGAGACCGGGCUGCCCGGAAAAAGCGUCUCAUUCAGCGAACGCGCGCAGCAGGUCUUCAACCACGUGAAGGUAGAAAACCUGAUCGCGGGACUCGGUGGGGGAGUGGUGUCAACGCUGGUGCUUCAUCCCCUAGACCUGGUCAAAAUCAGGUUUGCAGUAAGUGAUGGACUCGAAUUAAGACCAAAGUACAAUGGCAUAUUACACUGCAUGAAGAAUGUGUGGCAGCAGGAGGGACUGAGAGGACUCUAUCAAGGAGUGACACCCAAUGUUUGGGGUGCUGGAGCAUCUUGGGGCCUCUACUUUUUCUUCUACAAUGCAAUCAAAGGGUACACAAAGGAAGGUCGUCAGACUGAACUGAGUGCCACAGAACACCUGGUGUCGGCGGCUGAAGCUGGCAUCCUCACGCUCACCCUAACCAAUCCAAUAUGGGUAACCAAGACCCGGCUGGUGCUGCAGUACAGUGCUGACCGAAAUAGCAAGCCAUACAAGGGGAUGGUGGAUGCUUUGGUUAAGAUCUACCGCCAUGAAGGAGUGCCUGGACUCUACAAGGGUUAUGUUCCUGGUCUGUUCGGCACAUCUCACGGAGCACUGCAGUUCAUGGCCUACGAAGAGCUCAAGAGAGACUACAACAAAUACAGGAAACUGCAUUCAGACGCAAAGCUGAACCCAUUGGAAUAUAUCACAAUGGCAGCAUUAUCCAAAAUAUUUGCUGUAGCCACAACAUACCCAUAUCAGGUGGUGCGGGCUCGCCUGCAAGACCAGCACAAUAGAUACAAUGGAGUUAUUGAUGUCGUCAGACGGACGUGGAGGAACGAAGGCACCCUCGGUUUCUACAAAGGCAUCAUCCCCAACUUGAUACGUGUCACUCCCGCCUGCUGCAUCACCUUUGUGGUUUAUGAGAACGUGUCUCACUUUCUUCUCGGGCAAAAUAAAUGAGGCCUUAAAAACAGGGCGCGGACUAUUGCAGAUACUGUGGAGCUCAUGGUGAUACGUUGGCGCCGUGCGGAGAGAUGCAGAGGGCCGCGUUGAGAUCGACACCAAGCUGUAAAUGCGAUGAAGUGAAAAUCAUUCGCUUGCACUGAAAAUAAGUGUUCACAACUGGAGCAGCAAUAGUUUUUUUUUUUCUUUUUCUUUUUCUUCAAUACAACUUCAGUGAAAUGUGAUGGAGAGCUCUGAUUCAGACGCACAAUAAGUUAUAGGAAGUACAUCUGUUCACCUUUAUGGAGACAACUCUGCUGUGAUGAUAGCUUUUUAAACUAAUGGGUGGAUGAAUUAAAUAUUUCAUCAUGCAGCAGUUAUGUUUACACUUUAUGCUUUCUGGCCACAGAGAAAUACAGUCUGAACUAUGAAAAGUUUUAAUUCCAAGCAUCAAAUCCAAGAUCGACUCAGGUUCUGAGGUACCAUAUGUGUGUAAUUAUUUGUCUCAUGAUGCUUUUGAGUCCUCAAACAUAUCUCACUGAUAUUACUUUUUGUCUUUGCAUCAUUGCAUCUGCUGUGCUUUCUAACAUUUUGCUAUAAAAUCCAAGCUGUGCUUUA